AUGCCCUUUUUGACCGUCUUGCUUAGUGCCACCGUACACCUAUCUGUUGCUUCUCCUGUCGUCGACGGAGUCGUCGACCUGAAAGCCUUUACCCCGGGAGGAAACCCACAGCCAAACCCCUAUCCUGGAUGCCUCUUCCCGACGUGCAAAUAA